AUGGAUAGUUCCAAAAAAAUUGCUAUGGACAAUCAAGGGCCACCAGGGAUGAGGACCGAGGAAGUCCUUGCUAUGGCGGCAGUUGAAGCACGGUCCCCUGGUUCUUCAACUGUCUUGGUUGCUCACUUUGAUGGCCAGGUCCUUCAUGUAUCUAAUAUUGGUGAUUCGGGAUUACUGGUGAUAAGAAAUGGACAAGUAUACACACAAACAAAGGCGAUGACAUACGGUUUCAGUUUCCCGUUGCAAAUAGAAAACGGUGUUGAUCCUUCAAGACUUGUACAGAAUUACGCUAUCGAUUUACAAGAAGGUGAUACCAUUGUGACAGCUUCGGAUGGUCUCUUCGACAACGUCUAUGAUCAUGAGGUGGCAUCUAUUGUCUCGAAAUCUCUAGAAGCUGACCGCAAGCCUACAGUACAAGGAGUUUCACUAGGAAUUAUAUGUGGAAGUUUUUGUUACUACCGAUGGGCGCCAAAGCUUUCUGCGUCGGCACCUGAGAUUGCCUGUUUUUUCACACCAAGAUCAAGAGAUAGUGGGCUGACCGGGCGGGCGGUGAUGACAGGUGGUGCCAUGGUGCUGGAAAGGUGGCCAACAUCAUUGUCAAACGCCAAGCGUCAUGCCUGA